AUGGUUUUAAUCGAUAAACACAGCUACCAGUCCCAGGAAGAGCGUCGAUUAAAGGAGGAUAAGGAGCGCACCCGAUACUGGAAGCGGUGGGGACCCUAUGUGGCUGAAAGGCAAUGGGCUACAGGUAAGUUCUCUGACCUUCUUCUACUCCUGGACGGACGGAUGACCUCCUAUCUCUGGCCCUCGCAGUUCGUGAGGACUACUCGGAAAAUGGAGAUGCUUGGAGCUCAUUCUUACAUGAAAUUCCUCUAUAAAUACCCCCAGAAGAAGUUUCCCUACCAAGAUCUUGUGGACGAGAAUGCUCGCCGCUCGAGGCUGGAGCGUGAAUAUCAAAUACUUGACACUGGCGCAUUUGAUGAAGAUCGGUACUGGGAUAUAUUCAUCGAAACUGCUAAGGAGGAGGAUGACGAAGAAGAGCUUCUUUUUCGCGUGAUUGCCUACAACCGGGGACCGGAACCUGCUCCUCUGCACAUAAUUCCCCAUGUAUGGUUCAGGAAUACCUGGGCUUGGGGCUAUGAGGACCAAUCUCUCAAACCCUCUAUCGAACUGACUUCUCCCCUUACUGCCAAAUCUACCCACUACAAACUAGGAGAGAGAUAUGCACGAUUCUCUCCCUCCCCUGCGGUAGACAAUAGCCAAGAGGACAUUUUACCUCGUAUGCUGUUCACCGAAAAUGAGUCAAACAAUGAGCUUCUCUGGCAAAACAAGAAUGACCAGCCGUAUGUGAAAGAUGCUUUCCAUCGUCACAUCGUCGGUGGGGAGAAGGAUGCUGUUAAUCCGGCGCAAAAGGGCACUAAACUUGCUGCUUGGUAUGCCUUCGCCAAAGGCGAUGAAGUUCCCCCUGGUGAAUGCGCUGUUGUCCGUUUCAGGCUGUCCAGGAAGCUUGCACCCUUCGUCGACGAAGAGUUGUUGGAUGAUACCAUUGAACAGCGUAAAGCCGAAGCUGAUGACUUCUACUAUCACAUCAGCCCCCUGCCAAUGAGUGAUGACCUGAGGAGUAUUCAAAGACAAGCGUUUGCAGGAAUGAUGUGGACGAAGCAGUUUUAUCACUUUGUCUGGGACCAGUGGGCAAAUGGCGACCCCGCAACGGUUCCGCCUCCUCCAGGGAGAAAACAUGUUCGCAACCAGCAGUGGAAGCACUUGUAUAUGGAUGACAUCCUCUCCAUGCCCGAUUCGUGGGAGUAUCCCUUUUUUGCUGCCUGGGACACUGCCUUUCACUGUAUCCCACUGGCCAUGAUUGACCCAGAAUUCGCGAAGAAACAGCUAGAUCUUCUCACUCGAGAAUGGUACAUGCAUCCCAACGGGCAACUCGCCGCAUAUGAGUGGAACUUUGGCGAUGUGAACCCUCCUGUGCACGCGUGGGCUACGUUCAGAGUGUUCAAGAUUGAACGAAAAAUGUACGGUCGGCAAGAUCUUGACUUUCUUGAACGGGUAUUUCAAAAAUUAUUGCUGAAUUUCACUUGGUGGGUGAAUCGGAAGGACUCUGAUGGCAAGAAUGUAUUCGAGGGAGGAUUCCUCGGGUUAGAUAACAUCGGUCUCUUCAAUAGGUCUGAGCCACUACCUACAGGAGGUGUCUUGGAACAGGCAGAUAGCACUGGAUGGAUGGCCUUCUAUAGUUUAUGCAUGCUUAACAUUGCUCUAGAGCUUGCCAAACACCGCCGAAUCUAUGAGGAUAUUGCGUCUAAAUUUUUCGAACACUUCAUCCUCAUCAGUGAUGCUAUGACUUUCAAGUCCGGGGGACAAGAAACUUCACUAUGGAAUGAAGAAGAUGGUUUCUACUACGACGCGAUAUCCUACGGCGAACCGUGGACCCAACAACUCCCUGUGAGAUCUCUUGUCGGACUAAUCCCCUUGUAUGCGGUACUCACACUUGAGCCGGAGUUGAUCAAAGAAUUCCCCUCUUUUAAACGACGGUUAGAUUGGUUUGUUGAGAAUAGACAAGAUUUGGCGGAGCGUAAUAUUGCCAGCAUGAAACGCCGAGGCAAAGAUGAACGCCUUCUUUUGUCACUGGUGAGCAAGGAGCGUCUAGAGAAGAUCCUUAAAAGAAUGCUUGAUGAAACUGAGUUUCUCUCCAAACAUGGUAUUCGAUCCAUGUCCAAGUACCAUGAGGGGCACCCAUACUCCAUGACUGUUAACGGACAGGAGUUCCGGGUCAACUAUAUACCAGGCGAUUCCGACAGUGGUCUCUUCGGAGGCAACAGUAACUGGCGCGGUCCCGUCUGGUUGUGUGUUAACUUUCUGCUUGUUGAGUCUCUCUUGCGUUUUUACAUGUUUUAUGGAGACUCGUUCCAGGUGGAAUGUCCUACAGGCUCGGGCGACUAUAUGCAUCUUGGACAGGUAGCAGAGGAGAUCCAACACCGACUACAGCAUCUAUUCGCCCGUAAUGACUCCGGACGUCGAGCGAUUCAUGACAACUCCGACCUACUAGACUUCGACGAGCAUUGGAAAGACUACAUGUGGUUCCAUGAGUUCUUCGACGGCGAUACGGGUCGGGGACUUGGGACAUCCCAUCAAUGUGGAUGGACAGGCCUCAUUGCAAAGAUCAUUCACGACACUGGAAUCAAUUGCCGUCUACCACAAACACCACGAACUCCCUUCACCACUGCGUCUCAUUACUUCGAUGAUAUCCUCACCCGCUCCGCCAAACCACGCAGCAGCCACCGGCCUAGUAUUCACCGUUCGUCCACAAGCAGAUCAAUCGGAAACAGAAGCGACUUUGAGUCCACCCUCACCGGAGAAACUCCAGGAGCAGAUAGUGCAGUUGACGAUGAUGAGAAGGACCGCGACAUCGACAAUCAUAUCUCGAACUACGUGGAAAGCCAAUUGCAACGAGUCCGCAGUCAGACGUCGAUCGCAGCUUAUGAGGAUGAGCUUGAGACGCAGGCUGAUCGCACGCCGAAUGGGGGUUAA